AUGAUAUGAUCAAUUACAAUUUCAGCUAAUAAAUCUUAUAGCAUAGAAAAUGAGACAGCAAGAGGAGAACUGCUCCAUAUAACCAAGUUGUCAUUAGACAGUCAAAGCUCAUCUACAAAUGUGUUUGUAAGCAUUGAUUUCUCAAAAUAUCCGAUUGCAAACUUAGGUCCUUCUAAAAGAUUUUUAAAAACUGAUCUUUGUUUUAAUACUCUCGUUCCUGCAAUUCUAACAGUGGAAGGCCCUGGAGAAGUAAUAAUUCUUGGAAAUUUAGAGCCCAUAUCUUUGUCUCAUACACCAUAUAAAUUACCAUCUGAAGUUAAAUCGGUGGAUUUACCAGUAAAGAGACCUCCAGCUAAACUUCAGCCAAAUACACAAAUAUCAAAAAAAGCUAAAAUCUCUGAUAAUAAUAGAAGUGUGAUAACUUCUUCUAUAAACACAAACAAAAAGCCAAUAAAUAAAAUAGCUCAAAUGCUUGAAAAGAAGGUUGAAAUAAAGACCCAAGAUACAAAAACAAAUAAUAGAAUUGCUUCAAACCAAGGACAAGAUAAGAAGAAGCAAGAAAUAAAUUCAAAAAUAAAGAAAAAUAAUUUUCCCAAACAAAUUAAUGAAAGGAGAACAAAGUUUUUAGAAAUAAAAGAGCGAAUGGAGCAGUGGAGAGGAGCAAAUUAA